AGUGUCCAUGGCUUGGUUUGUGCAUCCUCUAGGUGCGGCCCUGUCUUCAUACUUAACCCUAGCACUCAAGAGUCCAUCGAACUUCCAUAUAUAAUAGAAAAUUACCGCUUGGCGUCCGCUACAUAUAACUUCGGCUUCAGUCCACUGACCAACGAGUAUAAGGUUCUCCAGAUCUUGUCAUUUCGUCCCAAUAGCAGAAGUGAUAUUCGGUUCAAUGUAUUCACCCUAGGUAGGGAUUCUUCAUGGAGGCCAUUGCAGGUAGACCCUGCCGACCUUCCUUUUGAUGCUCGAGGUCACGCCUAUGAGAUACAAAAUGGGAGAAGUACUGGAUGUGUGUGUCUGAAUGGGGCAAUACAUUGGAUCCAUGAGACACAGAAAAUGAUAGUGGUAUUUGACGUUAGAGAGGAGACCUUUAGAGUGGUGCCACUACCUGAAGAAUAUGCGCAAGAGUUUCGUCCAGAUAAUCAUGGCCGCAAUAGGGUUGCUUGCCAUGCAAAUGUUAUUGAGGUGGAAGGAUGUGUGGGUGUGUUUGCUGACAAAUCGUUGAGACAGAACAAGAUAGUGUUAUGGAUUUUGAAGGACUACCAGAACCUUGUGUGGGUUAAGGAGACUAUUACUGCCGUGAUGUCGAUUGGAGAAGGUUAUGUUAAAGCUUUGGGUACAAUCCAUACAGGUGAGCUAGCGCUCGCGCUCCAUUUUUAUGGAAAUUCUCCGGGAUUUGACGACGGUCCACCAAAAUUGCUUCUGUAUAAUAUGGAGAGCAAACAAUAUAGAAUACUUGAUUUUGUUUUUCCUAAUAAUAUGGGAGUUGCUCGGGGAAUACCUAUUAAGUUAAUUGCUAGUUAUGAUGAUAGUAUUGUCCCCUUAAAAUGA